CUGACUUUCUCUCUGUGCCUCUCUCAGACAGACUCACACAGGCUCGCUCACAGUGCUGGACUGAAAAACCCUCUCAGCUCUGCUCUCGGCUCCGGCCACCAGAGAAGAUGCUUCGGCGUUACUCUUCAUGAGAUCAUUGCAGGACUGAGUGGAGUGGCAGCCCUGCAGCUGAUGGGCUGCUGCUGCUCUUUCUAUCUUUAUCUCUCUUUUAAUUGGGACGCUGGGGAGAAAUAAAUAGCUCAACACACACUGUUGGGAGGCAAAUGAAUGGACCAGACUGACGGGGGAUUUCCCCAGGCUGCCUUCACACCAAUGGAUCUGGACACAAUUUUUGAACUGGCUGAAUGGUGUUUGGCAGAAUAAUUUUUCUUGUUGGUUUGUAAAUUAAUUUUUGCAACAAGAUCAUUUCCGAAGAGCUUGCAGACUGACCUUUUUUUUGUGGAUUUGCACUGCAAACAUUCACAUCAUAUCUCUGACUUGAGGAUGUGCUCUAUAAUCAUGCUUCAUCAGUGGAGUCUGGCUGUGUUCUUGCUGUGCACCCCAGUGACUCUUGAUGGGAGACCAGCUGAUGCACUUAGUAGCAGAACGAGGAGGUCAGUGAGCCACGCCCAGCUGAUGCAUGACAAGGGCCGCUCCUUGCAGGAGUUCAAGCGUCGCACGUGGCUGCAGGAGCUGCUGGAGGAGGUGCACACAGCCGACGAGCGAGCAUCACCUGUGCCGAGCGGAACCCUGAGCCAAACGUUCAGUGGGAAUGCUCUACACCAGAAGCCCCCAGGGGCCACCAAAAACCUCCCUGACAGAUUCAGGCUGGACAGAGAGGGCCCUAACCUGCCCCAGGAGACUAACAAAGCUCUGGCUUAUAAGGACCAGCCUCUAAAAGUGGCCACCAAGAGGAAAAAAAAGGUGAGGUUAGGCCGGCGUAGAGAGAGUGAAAAGAAGAGGAGGCGGGCACGAUCUGUCACAAUAAAGAAGCCAUGAAGGAUGCGGUACCCUGGCUGAGAGACUCCCAAAAGCCUUUUUAUGGUACUGUACUAAGACACUGACACAGUUCCAACUAGACUGAGGUCUGACAGACUUGAACCAGAGCUGACUCAGUGAAAGUCAUCUUGAGGCCUGCGGCUGUGCUUGUAUGAUAAUAUUUUGCUAAGUGUGUAUUGUUGUGUUUUAAAACAAUCUCAUACUUCCCGGAGUUUCAUAACAUAACAUCUUCCUAGGUCCAUAUUUAUUUGGAAAAUCUUAACGCCUCUGUAACCUUGAUUCAAUUCAAAACAAUUCAUAUGUUAUCAUCUCUUAACAGUGUGCACAAGUAGAGCAAAGGAGAAAAUAUUUAUUGCCUGAUUAUAAUGUAACUUCACAAAAAUUGGGAUGCUGAGUGGUCUACUUUUGUUUGGCUCUACAUGUGUUGACUAUUGCUGACUUGCAGUUACAGACAAACUGUUCAGUUGAUACAUCUGUUCGAACUGUUUUGCCAUAAUUUAUUUCACUUUGAAAGUGUAUAUUUAUUUUGUGAAUGUAUCAUGGUGCUGCUGACUAAAUUCCAUAAUGCACUUUAGUUAUAUCCUGUAAAUGUUCUUUUGUGGUUGAGUUUUAAUUUGAUGUUUCUUUUUGAUGGUCCUGCUUUCCUUUCCCACCUUAGAUCCCUCAUGGACUUGUAACUUAUUGGAUGCUUCAUCAAACCCACUCUCAUCAUUUUACAUUAUAGUUUAUUUUUAUAGAACAAGCCUGAGUCAGGGGCUGUCGGACUCAUUUAAUGUUCUUCACUUGCACUGAGAACAUACUGUACAUGUUUCCAGUUAAUCAAACAUUAAAAAUGUAGCCAUUAGAAA